AUGGCCGGGCCGCCCCGCUCCGUUCCUCCGGGGACGGCGCCUGCUCCUCCGGCGCCGGCUCGUCCGCAGGCGGCGGCUGCUGCGUCGGUCGGCGGGGGAUACCAAGGCCCUCCGGGGUUCCAAGGAUGGCCGCAGGGGGCCCUCAUACCACCGGCCCCUGCUGCGCCACCUCGACCCCAGGUGGGUUACCGCCCGCCGCAGCCGCGCAUACCGACCGCUCCUUUCAUGCCUCAUCAACAGCCGCCGUAUCCUCCGCAACAGCAGUACCCUCAGUACCCGCCGCAGCAGCAGUAUGCUCAGUUUCAAGGUCAAUUUUUCCCCGCUACUAAUCCAGCGCAGCAGCCGGUGGUGUCACAUUUACCACAGCAGGUUAACCCGCCGACGCAGCCUGGACAGCAGAAGAAGAGGAGGAAGAAGAAACCUGCCGCAGCGGUAGGGACAGCGGGAGGUGGCAAUGUUGUGCCACCGGCUAUGGUCCAGGGUCUCAUGCAGGACCCGCAACCGGCGGGUAUUCCUACGCCCGUGUUGGAGGCGGUUCCUGCACCUCUACCGAUGCCGAUUGCUCCACCAGUGGUUACUGCACCUGUGGCGACUGCACCUAUGGUGAAGCCGAAGAAGCGGAGACCUACAGCUUUGGUACAGGUGUCAGGGGAGGGGACUGUUGCAGCGGCAGAUAUUCAGAAUCUCAUGGCUCGCAUGUGUCCGGGGAACCCCACUUGGAAGUGGGAGGCGCAGCCUCAUGGUAAUAAUGCUUUCCUGAUUGGGAUCCCUACCGCUGAGGACUUGUUGAGGAUUGACAGUAUGCAGAUGAGCGUGCCGAAGAUUAAUGCACAGGCCAUGGUUUCUUCUUGGACUCAGCAGGAUGUUAUGCCAGAGUUUGUGAUGGAGCCUGUUUGGGUGCAUGUCGAGGGUGUUCCGAAUGCUCUACGUCACUUCCUUGGUCUAUGGGCUGUUGGUACUUUUAUUGGUACUACCAUUGAUGUGGAUUUGUAUACCUUGAGGAGUCAAGGGUUAGUUCGUAUUCAGGUGGCCAUGAGAGAUACUUCUGUUCUGGAGAAAGAUAAGGCUAAACACGGACCACCAUGCUUAGAGGUGCUGGCUCGCUUACAGCUUAAUGGAUACAGAUUCAGAUUUCGCCGUGAGUCUUCUGAGUACAAGCCAGACCCUAGGUUUCGUCCUUUCUUUUGGAAGGGUGAAGAUGAGGACGAUGCGGCUCAUGGUGACGAUGAUGGUUUUGAUGAUGCCGCGGCAGAGGGGGCACCAGGGGCCUCACAUAUGGACGUUGAUGGCCAUGCAUCUUUGCCUCCUUCUGGCACAGCUUCGGUACCGGUUACUCAGGUCGCCAUGACCCCGUUUAACCACUCGCCGACGACAGACAGGGGCAAGGCGAUUGUGGCUAGAGCUUUGACGGUGUCGCCACACUUGGUGGCAACUCCGCCUCCGUCGCGUGUUCGGACUUUUAUGCAGGGAAGGACUCGCCCGGUGUCUUCGUCUUCUACUCCUCUCGGUGGUCCUUUCGUUGCUCCCACUCCGUCUUCUACCUCGACUCAGACGGAGAGGGGGCUUCAGAGGGCUUCUUCUUCGGCGGUUGGCUCGUCGGACUCGGGGAUGCAGUGCCACGCCGCGGUGGUGGUGGAGCAGCAGCAGCCGGCCUUGGGCUCGGCACUGCCGCAGCUCUCUGCCGCUGAUGCGGCGACGCAGCAGCCGGCCCAUGGUCCGGUGGGGCUUCAGCAGCUGGACGGGGGCCUAGCGGCACAGCAGCAGGUCGUCGGCACGGAGGUGCAGCAGCCACCGCCCUCUGUCCCGAUGGCGCUGCAGCAGCUCGGCCACGAAGCGAGGAGGGUCGGCGCACAGCCCCCGGCGCGCUCGUGCAGCAGCCGGCCUAUGGCCGGGGUGCUUCGUCGCCGUGCGGAGGGCCUGGGGCGGCGCCGUCUUCGCCGCGUGCGCCGCAGGUGGAGGAGCAGGACAGGUUGGGGAGGCGCCCCAGCCGGUCCCCUGUGA